GUUAAAAGUUGGUCAACUUGCUAGUGUUAGUUCUUAGUCCUUAGGUAAAAUGCAUAAACGCCCUCAUUGAUGUAUUAGCGUUCAAUUCUUAGUGUUUAGGUUUAGUCCUUAGUUCUUAGGAAGCCAACCAUAAGUUGUUUGAUCUUGUGUGAAAGUUGCUUUGAAUCCAAAUGAGAUCAAGAUUGUAAGGAACACUGUGUAAAAUGGACACACCAAUGAAAAUUUAUCAAAAAUAUCAGAUAAGAUCAGAUCAGAUGAUCAUACGAUAAAUGAUCAAAAAUCAGUAAUUGAAGAACCAUCCUAUCAGAUUACAUUAUUUCUAUUAUUAUUGAAUCCAAGGGUGUGACUGAGAGUGUGAUGCAGUUUUGUCAACGAUGAAACUAGAAGAAAUUUUAUCUUGUGGGGUCCAAUAAUACCCAAACAAGAUUCAGAGUCAUUAAGAUUGACCGAACAGAACCGAAAGAACUUAUAGUUUAUGAUGAUAAAGUAGAAUACACUGCACAAGAAAUCCACAAUUUAAUAAAUAUGAUUCUAGCAGGAAACAGAAAUAAUACUACCAGUAAAGGUUCACCAAAAAUAAUUUCAGCCUUUGGAAUAGCAGGUUUUAUCAGAUUUUUAGAAGGCUAUUACAUCGUUUUGAUUACAAAACGAAGGAAAGUAGCUGUUGUAGGGAUGCAUACUUUGUAUAAAAUAGAAGAUACUAACAUGAUAUACAUUCCUCAUGAAUCAAUUAGAGUCAUACAUCCAGAAGAACCAAGAUAUGUUAAAAUGUUUCAGAGCAUUGAUCUUGCUAGUAAUUUCUAUUUUAGUUAUAGUUAUGAUCUAACGCACAGCCUUCAACAUAACCUUGCAACACCAAAACAGUUUAUACCUAACAAUGUUUCCAACGAAGAUCCUAAAAAUACUACCGUGGAACAGAAAAACAAAUUUAAUAUAUCUUUAGAUUGUAAUAACGGUAUAGAAAGCUACGGUGUUCGUACAAGACCUUUCAGAAAAUUUGUAUGGAACAAUCAUCUUUUGAGUUUAGUGGAAGCUGAGCUUCAUCCCGAUUGGCUUCUCUAUAUUAUACAUGGUUUCAUUGGCCAAUCAUCAAUCAAUGUAUUUGGAAGAGCUAUAUAUGUGACUUUAAUAGCUCGCAGAUCAUCCAGAUACGCCGGAACGAGAUUCUUAAAGAGGGGUGCAAAUUUCCAAGGAGAUGUUGCAAAUGAAGUCGAGACAGAGCAGAUGGUCCACGAUUCGGGAGUCUCUUCUUUGUCAGAUGGUCACUUCACUUCUUUUGUGCAGAUGAGAGGUUCAAUUCCAGGUCACUGGAAGCAAGAAAUGGGCAAGAUGGUGGCCAAGCCCGCUAUCACUUUAGACCUUCCUGACCCGUUUGCCGAGACUGCAGCCAUACAUUUCAAUGAACUCUUCAAAAGAUAUGGUUCGCCUAUUGUCGUAUUGAAUUUGGUCAAACAGAAAGAAAGGAAACCACAGGAAAGUUUGUUGAGUGAAGUCCUGAGUAACACUAUAAAGUACCUGAACCAAUUUUUGUCGGUGGAGAACCAGAUCGUUUACAAAACGUUUGAUAUGGCAAGAAAAAAUAAGGGAACAGCUAAUGUGAUGAAAUAUUUGGCGGAUAUCGCUACCAAUGCAGUUAUGAAAACCGGUAUAUUUCACAAUCAACCAAAAUAUUAUUCUCAGAAACCUAACACGAUAGUAGGACAGCACAAGGAGGACGAUUAUGUCAGCUUACAAACUGGAAUAAUAAGAACAAAUUGUGUUGAUUGUUUGGAUAGAACUAACACAGCCCAGUUCGCAAUAGGAAAGUGCGUUUUAGGCUAUCAACUUUGUGCCUUGGGCAUUUUAGAUUCUCCGAAACUUGAAUUUGAUACUGACUGUGUGAGGAUGUUGGAAUGUCUAUAUGAAGAUCAUGGGGAUACACUGGCACUUCAAUACGGAGGCUCUCAGUUGGUUCACAGAAUCAAAACUUAUAGAAAGACUGCCCCUUGGACAUCACAAGGCAAUGAUAUCAUGCAGACCCUAAGCCGUUACUACAGCAACACAUUCUCCGAUGCCGAAAAACAAAACACCAUCAACAUCUUUUUGGGUAUCUUCGUACCAGACGAGAACAAGCCGCAAAUUUGGGAAUACCAAAACGACUACUAUUUCCACCACAAACCCAACGUUUAUACAGAUAAAUCUCUCAGUCAGUGGUGGGACAAAGAUGUGGUAGAUUGCUUACCGUAUUCCUAUAACGACUCAACAAAAUCCUGUUAUGAAAUCAUCCAGGUACACUCCAAAGAUGUCGAAAUGAUUGAUGCCUAUGUCGACUACCACAGACCAAACGAAUUGAGCGUUCUGAGCGAAGUUUUCGCUUUUCAGAUAAGUCACUCGUUUAAGGAUUUCAUGCCUAAUUUUACUACAGAUUACAGUCCGUUUAGUAUUAGGAUCAGACCUGUGAGAAAGAGGGAUGAUAUUUCUUCGAAAGGCAAUAUGAUAAAGAAUCCAUCUGUUUCUGGACAGAGCUCCACCAGCUCUGCUGCUUCUAGUACCAGUUCCAGUGAAGAAGAUUCGGCUGCCGAUGAUGAUUGUUUCCAUGAAAGCUCAAUGACCGGAUCAAAAACUUCCGACUCGCAACCUUUAACAUUCAAAUCUCUUUUCCCAACAAUGAAAGAAGUGUACGGAACUGAAUUGAGCAGCCCCAAAGAAGAGGAUUUACUCGCUUAUAAACGAUAUGUCUUGAUCGGAAAGAAAGCUAAUGGAACUGUUGUUAAAAAUUUCACGCCUGUUUCCUUCAAUUUAAGACCUUGUAAACCCUCCGAAGAAUCCUCAAGAAGCGUUGCGGUCCCUACGGUGAAAAAGCAAUCCAUUGAAAUAUACGAGAGAUAUAUAGCGACUGCCUUAAAUGGGGGAUUUACUCCGUCCAAUUCAGAUCUUGAGAUUUAUAAAAAAUACACUUUGUACAAAUGAAUAUCGAUAAGAAAGAUAUUGAGUGUA